AUGACUACCGAAGUCUCCGAAUUCGUGAGUUCUUUUUCAGAUGGUUAUUUCACGGAAGCAAACUCGGUCAUCGGGCUCGAUGACUCGGGGUUUGUUACAUCACGGGAUGGGCUACCUGCUGGAUCACCGGUCGGUCCACCGGGAAUGCCGGGUGGACCUCCACAACCACCGUUCAGCAGCAUCGGUUCGACAUUCUCAAUCGUCUAUAGCUCCAUCAUCAUCAUCACGAACGCCGCCACCCUCUUUGCCUUCGCUACCGAACGUCGACUUCGAACCUACAACAAUCUAUUCCUCAUCAAUCUUGCCAUCUCUGAUCUCCUAGUUGGCGUCACGGUCGCGGCUAACGUGAUCAAUACCUACUACCCUACCGUUGUCAUGUGCAAGCUUCAUCUCGCUCUCAACGACGCUUUCCUCACCGUCUCCGUUUUCGGCAUCGUGGCCAUUUCCAUUGAUCGACAUCAAGCGACGUAUGAUCCCAUUACUCACUUCUUAAAGAAGUGUACUCGAAGGGCCGUUAUCUUUAAUGUGGUGAUAUGGUUGAUUUGCCUUGCUAUCUGGCUACCGUACACGGCGGGCUGGGAUCUAGGAGUCAUUUUGACCACACCUAGUCAAAAUGACCCAUUCCGAGAUGCUUGCGUUCCUCGGUACGGUCUUCGUCUGGUCACGUCUCUUCUCCCGGUGGGUCUCACCAUCAUCAUUCCCGCCAUAUUGAUUACUGUCCUGUACGUCCGUAUCGUCUACAAGAUACGGACAGCUUUCGGAGCCGAGAUGCUGGCGAAUCAGUUCCGAGAGAACGUCAAGGAGGAUGGUGAGACACCUCAGGGGAAUGCCCCAGGAAGCACUUCAACGGAUUUUAUGGGAUCAUCAGAAUUAAAGUCCAGAGAGACGGAUAAUGAGGGCAUCGAUAUUGAUGGGACACAGACCAAUCAGAAGACAACGAAGGCUACGAAGCAACGGGAGUCAGCUGAAGUCGCUAGGAAAGCGACUCGUACCUUAUCGGCCAUUAUCGUCGCUUUCGUCAUCGCCUGGUUGCCCCAUGUCAUCUUCAUCAUCGUGACCAAUCUCAACCGCGAUCUCCUCUUCGAAGGGAAGAUACCAGAAGUUGUUUUAUUUUUGGUCUCCAUGAUGCGCUACUCCAAUAGUUUCCUGAAUCCGAUCAGCUACGCGAUGGCACAGCCUUUAUUUCGCCAAACGGUCUUGAAUAUGUUCAGGGGUUUCGGUAGAAUAUGUUGA